AUGAUGGGAUAUGGGGGUAAUCCAUUCCCCCAGCAACGGCAACAACAACAGGCAUCCCAUCAGCAGCAGCAGCAGCAGCAGCAACAGCAACAACAUCAUCUGCAAUCCCCGUCGAUGGCCGCAGCCCAUCCGCACCAUGGCACCGGUAUCGCCAACAAUAAUUCUCUGCUUCGGGGCCAACCACAGGCAGCUGAUCUCACAGCGGCCCAUUCUCCCGAUCUUCGCAAGAUGACCCCCGCGUCGUCCAGUCCGUUGGUCAAUCUGACCGCGGGGGGGAGCUACGGUCCCUUCCCGAGCCAUUUCCAGCCUCAAGGUUCGUCGGACCUGUUGCAACGGAAUACGGACUCAGUGGGCCAAUUAAGGGAUCCCUACCUGUCACUGCAGAGCCUGCAGCGGAAUAUGAACCCUAUGGCCAAUUUCCGUGCACACCCCGCCGCCAUGAAUGCGCAGGCCGCUUUGUCUCCGCAUGCGCAGGCCAUGAGUAUCUCAUCGCCCCAGCAAUCCCUGGAACGCAUGCAACAUACGCAUCUCCAGCAUCGGCAGACGACGCAUGCGCAUCCAACGGCCCCGACGCCGGCGGCGGCAUCGCCCAUAAUGGCAACUACCCUGCCCCAGCAACAACAACAUCAGCAACCGCAGCAACAGCAGCAACCGCAGGCGCAGGCGCACUCCUAUCAACAGACACAACAGCAGCCUCAAUAUCAACAGGCCCAGCAGCAAGCCCAGUAUCAACAGGCACAGCAGUCUCCAUAUCAACCAACGCAGGCUCAUCUAUCUCCAUAUCAGCAAGCACAGCAGUCGCCAUAUCAGCAGCAAGUGCACCAAACCUAUCAACAGCAGCAGGCACAACAGCAGCAUGCUCAACAGGCCCAGCAGGCGCAAAAGGCGCAACAGGCUCAGCAGUCAUAUCAGCAACAACAGCAUCCGCGCUAUCAACAGCAGCAGGCUCAACGAUCUCCGUAUCAGUCACAGCCCCAGCAGCUUCAGUUCCAGGCCUAUCAGCAACGACAGUACCAACAGCCACAGCAAGCGCAAUAUCAUCAGCAGCCGCACUCUGCUUUGCCUCAACAACCCCCCAAACCACAGCAAGCGCAGCCACACCGGCCACAGUCGUCCACUCCGUCAGCAAUGGGCGCAAAUGUCGACCUGGUGGCCCCCGAACCCGAUAAUAACGACACGGCCGUCCCAACCGUUUCCAACACCAACACUACUGCGCCUGCCAAACGUCGCCCGAAGCAGCCCGCGAAGACCGCUGCAUCAGCAUCACCCGCCAUCGCACCCACCCAAAUCAACGGACAAGCACAGCCUAUCUAUGUCGCUGAACACAGUCAAGCUCCAAAUCAACCGGUGCCCGCCGAGAAGACUGCCGCAGCUGGAACACCCAAGCGCCGGGGCCGGCCCCGCAAGUCUGAUGUCUCCGGGGAAGAAACCAAACCCAAGAAGCCCAAGAAACCGAAGCAGUCCACAUCGUCAACGAGCGCGAACAAUAAUACUGCGCCGGUUCCCGCUUUACCGGGGGCACCUCCGGCGGCACCAGGGUCUGCCCCUACGCCUGCUGCCCCUACGCAACCACCUAUGGUCACUAACCCUGACGGCACCGUGGUUCCGCAGAAACGGGGACGGGGACGCCCCCGUAAGUCCGAAAUGGAUCCCAACGCUCCUCCCAAACCGAAACCCCCACGUAAACCGGCCUCUUCUAAACCCGGUACCGGCCGUCCCCGUGGUCGUCCUCGUAAAGCCGACGUCGCCGCCCGCCAGGCGCAGGCCGAAGCCGAGGCGCUAGCUAAGGCCCAGGCUCAGGGACUACCCCCGGCUCAACAACCUCAGACCCAGACCCCACAAAACCAAGUGCAGGCCGCAGCUCAAUCCCAGCCUCCGCCUCAGUCUCAACACCAGCUCCAGCACCAACAGCAGCCACAACAGCAACACCAACAGCAACACCAGCUCCAGCCACAACAGCAGCAUCAACAGCAGCAACACCAGCUCCAGCCACAACAGCAGCACCAACAACAACACCAGCUCCAGCACCAACAGCAACAGAAACAGCAACAUCCGGUCCAGGUCCAGGCCCAAGCCCAGACUCAAAUGCACAUUCAGCAUCAGCAUCAACACCAGCACGGCCAUGGCCACAUUCAACAGCCUCAGCCGCAUAUGCCUAUGCAACCACAGACGCAGCCUCAGAUGCAGGUCCGUCCCCAACCGCCGCGGCAUGUCCAACCUCCUCAUCACCCACAAGCACACCAGCACCCCCAUCCUCAUCCCCAUCCGGUGGAUCCACUGAGGUUGAACGCGGGUCAAAAACGUGGACCUCCCGUGGUAGACGAUGAUCCUCGAAAGCGGGCAUACCUUAUGCCUCAACAUAUGUAG